UACAGGUACGUUCCCAUGAUGCAGUGCGUUACAUAGAGGAGGACAGUAUGGUAUAUGCAGAUACGACAUGGGGAUUGGAUAGGAUUGACCAAAGGGAUCUACCUCUUGAUGACUCCUAUAUGCCUGUCGGUGAUGGUGGAGCGGGUGUAAAUGUCUAUGUGCUUGAUACGGGCAUCAGAACAACACACGAAGAGUUUGAAAACAGGUCUUUCAUCGCUCACGAUGCCAUGCAGUACGCCAUUGGUGCUGAUGGGGACUGUCAGGGCCACGGGACCCACUGCGCCAGUACUAUCGGAGGCAAGGUGUACGGGGUGGCGCCCAAGGCACACGUCCAUUCUGUUCGGGUGCUGGGAUGCUCUGGCUCGGGGUCAAAGGGUGGCGUUAUGGCAGGUAUGGAUUGGGUAGCAGAGAACGGUCUGCGUCCAGCUAUUGUGUCGAUGUCUCUAGGAGGUAGUGGAUCGUACGCUGAAGAUGAAGUCUUGACAAAUCUCGACGCCUCGGGGGUGCUCGUGGUCGUAGCGGCUGGUAACAGCGACUACGAAUCCUGCCGACGAUCUCCAGCCCGGUCGCGUGAGGCCCUCACAGUCGGUGCUUCUGAAAUUGAUGAUGCACGUGCUUACUUCUCUAACUGGGGUGGGUGUGUCGAUCUCUUCGCUCCUGGUCGUUACAUCACAGCGGCAUCAUGGCUUGGGGAUGACCUCUACCGGACCAUCAGUGGGACCAGCAUGGCCACACCCCAUGUUGCAGGAGUUGCAGCGGUUCACCUUGGGAUCAAUCCAAGUUAUUCACCGGCAGAUCUUCGCAAUGUCAUCAUGAACUCAGUGGCUCGAGAUAAGAUCGAUGAUCCCCACGGAGCCCCAAAUUUACUUCUUCAAAUACCAAGAAGAGUUUGAGUCAUCAAAGAAUAUUAUUUGUAAAACACUUCAUCAAUAUGUUAUGAACGAUUUCACAUAAACAAUUGAUGGAAAUGCCAUUGAAUAUUUGUACUACAACUAACAACAACAGUGAUAUUAAUUAUUGAUGAUAAUGAUAAUGAUAAAACGUGUAAUGCUGGUAAUGAUGAUGAAGACGAUGACAAUGAUGAUGAUGAUGAUGAUAAUAAUGAUAGACGGAUCCCUUAAAACAACAAGUUUCAAUUGAAAAGGUUGCUCCGCCCACAAGUGGAAAUGAAUGAAUAAAAAUGAUAAUGAUGUUGAUGAUGACUAUUAUGGUUAUACUGUCAUUGUUUCUAUUGUUAUUAUCACCAUCAUCAUUAGAAUAAUAUAGCAUAUAAUAAAAUACUGUUUUAUGAAAUACCGAAUGAUAUGUUAAUUAUGUACAUGAGUCGUUUAAUACGAUACUGUACUUUAUCAGUUUAUUUACAUUUGCUUUAAAGAUACAUGGCAUGAUACAUUGAUGUUUUUCAUUAAACUUAUCUGGACAUUAUUAGACUGAAGAAAA